AUGUCGCCCACAACCCCCAUGCGCCCGGGAACAGCAAACCCCCCGCCCUCAACCGGCGGAUCAACAUUCUACUCCCCCGUCAAGCGCGUCCGCGCCGCCUCCCCCACCCCGCUCCCGCGCCGCACAAUCCAGGAAUCGCCAGACGCAAUGGACUGGAACCCCACCACCGCGAACGAGACAAAAUGGGAGAUCCCAUCCCACCGCCUCCCGCCGCCGCCGCAGCCAUCAUUCACCCUCCCCCCUUCCUCGGCGCAGCUGCAGCGCCAGAACCAAUACAACAACAACAACCGCUCCCCCUCGCCAUCGCCCUUUACAGGCACGCUCCCGCCCGCGCCGCGUGCCCCCGCGCAGCGCAUCGUGUCCUCACUCAUGCAGCAGCCUUUGCGCCCCACGCCGCCAGCGCAGAUCUCGCGCGAGCAGUUCUUCGCGCACCGCUUGAACCCCGGCCAGGCGGCGGUUCCGGCGGGGCGGGAGUUUGAGAAGGUUGCGGCGCCGGGGUACCGCCUGGGGAGCCCGCGGUACGCGCCGAUGGCGCCGCAGAGGUUCUUUGUUGCGGACGAGGCGACGGGGCUGGAGGUGCUUAUGGCGGGAGGGUUCCGGCUUGAGGAUGAGCCGGAGAGGGCGCGGGCGAGGAGGUUUUAUGAAGAGGAGCGCAGGAGGGGGAUUGAGGAGGAGAAGGAGGCGAGGAGGCGGGGGGGCAGCGCAGAGGGCAGCGCAGAGGGGAGGAGCGCGAGGGGUGGGUUUGGGGGGUUGAGUUUGGGGUAG